AUGGCAGUUGACAAGAACAGAUUAGACAAUUUAGUUGAAUCUUGGUUAUCCAUUGACAUUAAUCCAGAAUCUAGGCAGGAAAUUGAACAGUUGCACAAGAACGGAAACUAUGAACAAUUGGACAGGAAGUUGUCAAAAAGAAUUGCGUUUGGAACUGCUGGGUUGAGAUCGUCAAUGGAGUCUGGGUUUUCCCACAUGAAUGACGUUACUGUUCUUCAGGCGUCCCAAGGAUUGAUCAAGUAUUUAUUGAAGAAAACACCAGCAUCUAUUGUUAUUGGAUACGAUCACAGAUUCAAUUCUCAAAGAUUUGCAGAAAUCUUGGCCAGUGUUGCACUUACUCAAGGUGUGCAAGUGUAUUACUUGGGAUCAAUUGAAAACUUGUCUGAAGAAACAUUGAAAUUAACAAAAGCAGAUAUAGAAAAUGAUAGCUCAAAAGAUAGAGGAUACGUUCAUACACCAUUGGUUCCUUUUGCAAUUGAUUAUUAUGGGGCAUCGGGUGGAGUGAUGAUCACUGCCUCUCAUAAUCCAGCAAACGAUAAUGGUUAUAAAGUGUAUUAUCUGAAUGGAUGUCAGAUUAUCCCACCUGUUGACAAAGAAAUAGCUGAUUCUAUUGAGGAAAAUUUGGUCCCAUGGGAAGGUGUUUGGGAUGUGUAUGACAAUAUCAAGAAAGCAAAGCAAAAGGGGUUGUUGUCGCUUGUUAGGGAUGAAGUUACAAAAGAAUACCUCAAGGGUAUAAAGGAGAAGCUAAUUCAAGAUAAUGCUUUAGAUUUCGAGUUUGUUUACACACCAAUGCAUGGAGUUGGGUACAAAAUAUUCAGCGAAUGUCUUCAACUAUUCCAUGCCCUGAAUUGGAAAGUUGUUUACGAACAAGCUCAUCCAGAUCCUGCUUUUCCAACUGUCAGUUUUCCUAAUCCUGAAGAAAAAGGUGCGCUUGACUUGGCUAUAUUGACUGCCCAAAAAUUGGGUUACAAAUUGGUAAUUGCUAACGACCCUGAUGCUGAUAGAUUCAGUGUUGCUGUUGAAACCAAGGGACAAUGGAAGCAAUUGACUGGUAAUGAAAUUGGGUUUUUGUUUGCCAUGUAUGUGAUAGAACAACAAAGGGAACAAGAUUUAGGCCACUUGUAUUUAGUGAACUCAACAGUAUCGUCGCAAAUACUUAAAGCAAUGGCUGACAAGGAUGGGUUCCAUUUUCAAGAUACAUUGACAGGAUUUAAAUGGAUUGGAAAUAAGGCAAUAGAUUUGCAAAAGCAAGGAUUCAAGGUUCCAUUUGGAUACGAAGAGGCUAUAGGAUUUAUGUUUGACUUAGUCCAUGAUAAAGAUGGUAUUUCAGCUGCUACUAUAUUUUUGCAAUUGUAUCAGAAAUGGUUUAGUGAUGGUAAGAUAGAUGUGACAGAUAAAUUAGAAGCUGGGUACGCUAAAUACGGUUGGUUUAAGGAUUAUAAUGGUUAUUACAGACUAGCUGAUAUGUCAACGUUAGACAAAAUAUUUGGAAAUAUUAGAAGCUCCUUUGGUGGUGAAUUUCCAAAAAGUAUUGGCCAAUUCGAAGUGAUUAGCUGGCGUGAUUUAACAGUUGGAUAUGACUCAUCUACUGUAGAUCACAGUCCAGUUCUACCUGUCGAUUCUAGCUCGCAAAUGAUAACAGCACUGUUAAAAUUACCUGGUGAUGAUAAUGCAGUUGUCAGGUUUACUUGUAGAGGGUCUGGUACCGAGCCAAAGUUAAAAUUAUAUAUUGAAGGGAAAUCUACUGUUGAUGAACAGAGUGCCAAAGAAAUUAGUGUUAAAUGUUGGGAGAUAUUAAAAGAACAAUGGUUUCAACCAGAGAAAUACAAUUUAAUAGAAAAUAAACCGUAA